CCUCGCCGUCGUCGUCUCCAUUCCUUCUCUCUCUCUUCUGUUUUGUUCGUUUCCGCCAAGAAGGAGAGAGAAGAAGAAGCGCAGGAGCCCGACGUCCACGCUUCUCGAGAUGGCUUCCGCGGCCGCGUCGCGCCCACCGGCCCCGCCUCCACCGCCGCCGGCGGUGCAGUGGCUGGGCCCGCGGGUGUCGUUCAGCUUCGACGAAGCGGGCGGAGGAGGAGGGAGGGAGGCGGUGGCGGGCGGGAAGCCCAGCGCCGGCGCUGACUUCGAGUUCCUGCUCGCCGGGUGCUCCGCCGUGUCCAUGCUCCCCGCCGACGAGCUCUUCUCCGGGGGGAAGCUGGUGCCGCUUCGCAUCCCCGCGUCGGCGGAGGGGGUACCGGUUGGGGUGGAAGCGACGACGUUGCUGCCGAAGCAGGAGCCGGCGCCGGCGCAGCAACAGCCGGAGACGCCCCGAGCGGAGGAGACCGCGGCGAAGGGUGUGGCCGCCUCUGAGGAGCCAAAGAUCCCGGCGAGGAGGUGGCGGGAUCUGCUCCGGCUGCGGAAGCAGCAGGUAUCGUCGGGGUCGGCGUCGACGUCGGAGCCGAGGCCGCUAGGCCGGCUCCUCCGCCGCGGGCCGAAGCCGCCGGAGUCGGAGCCGUCUCUCAGCCUCCCCCUCCUCCGCGAGUCCGGCUCCGACGAGCCGGACAAGCCCGAGAAGACCUCGCCAGCGCCGAUCCCGACCCCAACGCCGCCACCUCCGUCCCAGCACCAGAACCUGCCACCCAAGAUCCGCCUCUCCCCGUCGCAGGCCACGGCGCCCCCGCCUCCGGCCGCCGUCGCGGCCGACAGCCCGCGCCUGAACGCCGCCGGCAAGGUGGUGUUCAACGGGCUCGGCCGCAGCUCCAGCAGCCCGAGCAGCCUCGCCGGCGGCCGCCGCCACCGUGCCGGCUCCGGCGGCGCCAUCGAGCGGUCCUACUCGGCGCACGUCCGCGUGGCGCCCGUCCUGAACGUGCCCGUCUGCUCCCUCCGCGGCUCCCGCAAGUCCGUCUCUGUCCUGGGCAUCGACCGCUUCUUCUCCCCCGCCUCCUCCGCCACCUCCGCCGCGGGAAAGAAGGCCAAGGCGGCGAAGAAGGAAGUAACCGCCGCCAAGUAACUCCGUGCCGGCAUCGCCAUUGAUGAGUUCCUUCUUUUAAUCCUUGCUUAAUUAGGCAGUUAAUACUCCUCGCAGAUAAAGUACUUCGGCAUGUAAAUACAGGUGAGUUGGAUGGGAUGAGCGAAUGAGCAAGUAAUUUUUACCAUUUUUACAGUA